UGUGCAAACCUAACAUGGAUUCCUUUCAAGCUACGGAUAAAACUUGGCUUGGAGUAGAGAUGCUUUUGUCUGAUUUGCAAAAUUUAAUCGACGAUCGGGACACAGCAGAUAUAUUGUUUCUAAUUGGGCGUGAAGAAACUGCAAUAUAUGCUCACAAACUUAUAAUGGUAACAAGAUGUAAACAUUUCCAGAAUCGAAAAAGAGAGCUGUGGUCCUCAAAAUCGAACCAUUCGCAGCUGACCGUGAGAAAGCCCGACUUCCGAGCUGAUGUGUUCCGCGACGUUUUAAAGUUUGUGUACACCGGAAAGGUUGAGUUUCACAGUCGCACAGCCUUUGAGAUGCUGAGAAUAGCUGAGGAUUUGGAAAUAACUGACUUACAAAUGGCCUGUGAACAGUAUUUUAUGAACAAUCUGAGUACAGAAAGUGCCUCAGAAUUUCUAGCAGAUGCAAUGUCACUUUCAAAGGAAGGAAGUGCUAGAGGCACGUCUUCACUUGUGGGCAAAUGUAUCGCAUUCAUGGAGGAAAAUGCUGAAGAGGUUGUCAAAACUGAAGGAUUUCUCCUCCUUCCAAAACCAGCAAUGAUCAGACUUGUGUCAAGUGACCAGUUUGCAGUGUCAGAAGAAGAGCUCUGGCGAGCUGUUCUUCUCUGGGCAAAAAGGGCAACAGGGGUUAACAAGCCAACCAAUCAGUGGACAGAAGAGGAGAACAGGAAAAUUAAAGAGAUGAUGUCAGGUGUUAUUGAACACAUCAAACUGCUGUUGAUUGAUAGUAGUGUGUAUGCUGAAGAAGUGGAACCAACGGGAGUGGUCCCCAUGGAGGUUUCCUUAGAGAGGGCAUUUUUGUUUACGUUGGUGAACUCAGAAGGUGUUCCUCCAACCAAGUUUGAUGUAACACAUCCCAAAUAUGCUACUCUUCAUCAUCCAAGAUAUGGACCCAUGUUUGGUGGUGGGGCAGAUCUGUGUAUCAGUGAUGAGUGUCAGGAGAAGCCUGAGUCCUACUCCAACUUGCCUCACUCCUAUGAUGGUCCCCAGGCUUCAACCAGUCUCCUUAUGGGAGACUACAACUUCACAGUGAAAGACUAUGAAGUAUUUGGUUUGAAGGGAGAGCCACUUUAUGAAAGAGUCUAACUAGUACACGUGGAGCCAAGAAAAGAUGUUGUAACAAGAAAGAUAAACUUUAAUUACAUCAUUGAUGUAACAUAUAAACGUCUACACAUACCAUGUUUCCUAGAGAAGGCUAAUGCAAUAAAACUGCAUCAAACAUUAGACUGUGUAAAAGUGACAGAGAUGAUCAUGUCUUUUCUAGGUAGUGCAAAUGGAGGAGGUGUUUGUAAAAUACAUGAGGAAAAUUCUAUUUUAAACCUGGUUUCUCUCAUUGUGAUUAAGUACUUUUGUAUAUUUACUUUUGAUAGCAGUUAUAUUUUAAAACAAUUGUAAUAGAGGAAAAACUUUUCUGGAAAAAGAGUUUGUUAUUAAAACUAAGUUUAAUUUGUCAUCUGAGAGGCUGUAGAAAGCAAUUAACAAUUGAUAAUUUAUACAUAUGGUGGAUGAGAGAGAAAAAUUGUAAUGCAGAACUUUUUGAGGACACAAGUAUGCUGACUGAUAAGCGUAAGCACGUUUUGUUUCACCUCUGCCCCUAAUCCCCCCCCCCUCCCUCUCAAAACUUUUAAUCCUUUUAAUUUCUGUCGCUCAAAAUUAUUGAAAUUACGAGUACCAUUGCGACCGAGAGGGACUGAGUACUUAAGCUACCCAUGAUGCUAAGCGAUAAGUAUUGUAUCUCUCCACCAUCUUGUUUCACGUAAAGCACGGUAUCUGCUGGACAAGAAUUCUGUCUUGAAGGAGCCAGACAGUGGACAUUAGACAAUGUUUCUUCAACGAGCUUGUAAUACAAUGAGAGCGGGAUUACUGAGAAGAGCCAUGACCACUGGAAGAAGGCCAGAAACUCCCGAAAGAAUGACCCCUGUUCAACAUGUAGCAGCCUUCUCUGCCUUUUUCGUUGGAAUCCUGGGCCCUGGAAUUGUUCUGAUGCUUACACGUGACAAACCACUCAGUGAACACUGAUGAGGGAUUGGUGCCAUGAUACCAUUAAUUUCAAAGACAAGCUGCUUUUGUUGUAUUUACUUUGAAUGUUAGGUUGUGGAAGUGUGACUGACUAGAAAGAAUUGUAAAGAACUUUUGAUGAACUGUCAUGGUGUAUGGUUUUUCACAAAAUUUGCACUGUAUUUUAAUGAUGCUGUGGUGCAGUAAUUAAACUGAUGAUAAAUUUUUGAG